GAGAGAGAGAGAGAGACAACCCCCCUCACAUAUUGAAGAAGAAGAAGAAGAACCAUUCACCGCUGAUACAUAUAUAACUGAUCGGAUUCGGGAUUCCCCCUCAUUUUCCGAUUGAUGCCCUUCGCCGGUGAUGAUCGUCGGCAGUGGAUCGUGUUCAAGGAGGGUAGCAGCACCGGCGGCGGUAGGAGCGGCUCUCUCAUCGGCGGCGGCGUCGGUGGCGGAACCGGCUUCUGGGCUUGGACUGCUCCCUCCAAUGUCGGAUUAGCCGUCGCCGUCACGGCCAUGGCCGGAAUCGCCUUGGCCGCCACUGUUGUCUACUCUAGAGCCCUAAGAAGAAGCCACACUUCUUCUUCGUCUCCAACGUCGUCAAAUUCAUCUUCGCCGUCACCGUCUUCGUCGUCGUGGGUUCAUUUGCGAUCGGUUUUGUUAGUCGCUGCUUCUUCGUCUUCCUCCUCCUCCUCACCAGUUAACACUGAUCGGGGUAGUCUUAAAUCACCGUGGUCGCGAAGGAGGAAAAAACAUGCACUUCUACCUAAACAAUGGAAAAGUUUCUUUACACCGGAAGGGAAACUUACUGAUGGUGGUGUCAAGUUCUUAAAAAAAGUUCGCAGUGGAGGUGUUGAUCCAAGUUUACGAGCAGAAGUGUGGCCUUUCCUGCUUGGAGUCUAUGACGUGAACAGUUCCAGGGAAGAAAGAGAUUCGGCAAAAAUUCAGAAAAGAAGAGAAUAUGAGGACUUGCGGAGACAAUGCCGAAAACUUUUAACAGAAAGUGAAAAGAGCUUUAAGUUAAGGGAAACUUCUGAAAACAGCGGCAAUGAGGGCAGUGGAGAGUUUAGUCAAAUUAUUGAUUCCACUGGUCCAGGGGAUGCUACAAGUUCCAGGAGAUCAUUUUCAAUUGAGGCAGGAAGCAAAUUACCUGAGGAUACAAAAUAUGCUGCCAGCCAUCAAACUGUACAGGCGUCUGAAUCAUGCAAAGGAGAUGUUGAGAAGAGUGGAGUCACCUGUGAAGAUGCCUCUGCCGGUGACUCAGAAUCAACUGAUUCUGAUUCCUCUGACGAUGUUGAUAUCACUCGACCUUUACUUACUACUGAAGGAACUGGAGAGAAUAAUGUUGAUGACAAGGUUACGACGGAAAACUCCUCCGUCUCCAAUACAGAAAACAAACGCAAAUCCCACACAGCAGAAGAUUAUGCCACAUGGCAGAGAAUCAUCCGCCUCGAUGCUGUGCGUGCAAAUGAUGAAUGGAUAAUAUAUUCACCCUCUCAGGCUGAUGUCUCAGAGAUCAAGGCACAUCGAUUAGCCGAGAGUGUCAGAAUGAAGGAUUUUGAACACUUGGAGCCAUGCAGGAUCUUUCAUGCUGCUCGCCUGGUUGCAAUCCUGGAAGCCUAUGCUUUGUACGAUCCUGAAAUUGGUUACUGCCAAGGGAUGAGUGAUCUACUUACUCCUAUCAUCUCAGUUAUGGAAGAGGACGAUGAAGCCUUCUGGUGCUUUGUGGGUUUUAUGAAAAAGGCUAGGCAUAACUUCCGACUGGAUGAGGCUGGGAUUCGGAGGCAGCUUGGCAUUAUUUCGAAGAUUAUUAAGGGCAAAGAUGUUACUCUCUAUAGACACCUGGAGAAGCUUCAAGCAGAGGAUUGCUUUUUUGUGUACAGAAUGGUAGUGGUUCUCUUCAGGCGGGAGUUGAGCUUUGAGCAGACACUUUGUCUCUGGGAGGUAAUGUGGGCAGAUCAGGCAGCAAUUAGGGCAGGAAUUGCCAAGUCUGCUUGGGGGAGGAUGAGGUUGAGAGCCCCUCCCACUGAUGAUCUCUUGCUGUAUGCAAUAGCAGCCUGUGUGCUGCAGCGAAGGAAGCUGAUCGUAGAGAAGUACAGCAGCAUGGAAGAGAUCAUGAGGGAGUGCAAUAGCAUGGCUGGCUGUCUGGAUGUUUGGAAGCUCUUAGAUGAUGCUCAUGAUUUGGUGGUAACCCUUCAUGACAAGAUUUAGAGACUGCGAGGGGAUAUGGUCUUUACUUAAUCGUUCCCUGAUUCCUCGUUCCUUUUUCUUUUUAGUUGUUGCCGCACCAGUUGAGGUUAUCCUUUCAAACUUAAGGGACCUCAAGGCCACUUUCACACUGCUUAAAAAGCAAUUUCUUGUAUGGAACUAAAUUAUGGGAUUUAUAAUGUGUUGCCCGCGCUCUGAUGCUCAUCAGAGUGAUUGUGGCAGCAAAGGCAGAUUUAGUAACUCUGAGCAUUCUGACUGGGGGGCUCUUCCGAGUGGUGUUAACACUUGACAAUCAGUGAACACAAUAACUGUGCCUUUCGAGUUUGGAUAUGUUUUGUAUGGAACUCUGGUUGAGAUUUGAAGUGCUUAUAAGUUGUGUUCACGAUUUUAAGUGCUUAAUGUUUUCA